UAUAAUUGGAGGCUGUCAAAUGAAUGACAGUCGAGUCAUUCUUGAGAGGGCGUGGCUACUAUAUAAAACCUCUUUCCAGAUCUUUUCUGCUGUCCACAUUAGUUAGUAAUCCUUGUCUAACGAAACCACGGGGAUGUCGUUACUGUGGUUCUGUGUGCUACUCCUAGUAGCGUCGGUUUGCGGCAACCCUCCCGAGGUCAUCAACUUGGGGACACGCUUCAUCCCCCGCUAUCACAAUCAAUACUCGGAUCUCGUGGCCAGAAUACUAAGAGCCCGAGGCAUCCGAGUGUACUCGGUCCAUGACGUCGGGGCCUUAACAUCCACAACAUUGAGCAGGCGCUUCUACGGUAUCGGUGGGGACUCCUCUCUGGGUCUGGACAAUACCUUCGUCAGAAGCUCUGUAGCUACUGGGAGGCCAUCCAUUACUUACGAGGAAUUGUACGGCGGUGUGGAUACAUCCGAUUUACCAGAUGCAGCCGUUCCCCUUGUAGGCUCUACUUCGUUUCCUGGGCCAUAUGGGCCUGAAACAGGCGGACCUGGACCCUAUGAUCUAGGACCUAUAGGAGAUGGACCCGGACCAUAUGGACCUGGGCCCUAUGGACCAGGAGACGGACCUGGACCCUAUGGUCUGGGGCCAGAUGGUGGAUCCGGACCCUACGGACCAGGAGACGGACCGGGACCCUAUGGUAUAGGGCCAGAUGGUGGCUCCGGACCCUAUGGACCAGGAGACGGACCUGGACCCUAUGGUCUAGGGCCAGAUGGUGGAUCCGGACCCUAUGGACCUGAAUUAGAUGGACCGGGGCCAUAUGAUGCUGGGCUAAGUGGAUCUGGACUAAGUGGCUUUGGAACCGCUGGAGUCGAAAUCGGUGGAUCAGGUCUCUCGACUGCUGGACUUGGAGUAGAUCGGUUAUAUGAUGAAAGCUAUAUUAAUGGACCCCGCGGGACUGGGUUUGGUGAUUUCGGUGGUCUAGAUGAUGGGUUUUCAACUUCAUCGGGUUCUCUACUGACAGGAAGUUCUUCUAUCUAUCCAAGUACCAACUACGGACCCCUUUCAACAGGAGGUAGAUCUUCCGUCUUUACGUCCUAUCAGUCGACAUCUCCCACAUACACCGACUUAUACAACAGACGAUUCUCAUCCGCCGAGCUUGGUGCUGGUGCUGGGAUAGGAUUAGACGGUGCCCUAGGGUCCGGCUUCUCGGCUACCAGUUCCUUUGUCGAUACAACACCUUACUCCGGUUUUUCUAGCGCUGGGGCAGGUUAUUCCGAUGACUAUGGUCUUGACGGUGGCCUAGGAUAUAUGAGGCGCUACAGGAGAACUUACACUCUACCCGGGUACUCGUCUGUUCAACGAAGGAUUAGGUAUCUUCCGCGUCGUCAGUUCACCACCAGGGUAGUCAAUUACCCUCCCACAGUGACCACCUACCAAUAAGUCUGGUGCACUGGUCGUUAGACAGGAAGACGCAACUAUAAAUUCACAUCUCUCAUUUGUAAAUAGACGCCCGAGGUUGAAUAAAUCAUACAUGCAUUACUGGUAGCCAAUA